AUGAGUUUGGAGGAAUUUUUGGCGAAGGCAGGGGCGGUGGAGGAGGCAAGGAAGCUUGAAAGAAUUUACGUGUAUGACAAUGCUCCGAUAGUCGGAACAGGAAUGCCGGUAGGGGGGGAUUUUGGAGUGCCUUCACCUGUGGUGGGUAGGGGAGUGUCAGUAGGGGUGGAUGCGGGAAGGUCUUUGCCGGUGGUGGGAAUGGGAGGGCCUUUGCCGGUGGUGGAUGUCGGAGGAUCUAGCAAUGGGAGAGGGAGAAAAAAGAAGGGUCUGAGCUCGUUGGAACAGGUGAAUAGGAAAGAGCGGAGGGUGAUUAAGAAAAGGGAAGUUGCAGCAAGGGCAAGGGCGCGAAUGCAGGCAAGAAUAUUGGGAUUGGAGUGGAGGAAGAAGAGUUUAGAGGAAGAGAAUGACCAGCUAACGACAGAGAAGGAACAGUUCGAAAAGAAGAGGCUUAAGCAGCUAAUGGAGAAAGUUAUCCCAGUUGUGGAAAAGCGAAGGCCUCCACGCGUCCUGCGUAGAGUUCAUUCCAUGGAAUGGUAA